UUGAUGGAGAACUACACGUACAACAGCUUCAUUCUCCAGGUGGAGGGCUUCAAAAUCAGGAAGGAUCUGACCUACCCCACCGCUGCCUUCUUCUUAGUCUCCUACGUCAUCAUCAUGGUUUUUAACAUGGGUAUUUUGGUGGUUAUUGUCCUGGACAGUAACCUUCACCAGCCCAUGUAUCUGCUUCUCUGUAGCCUCUCUGUGAGCGACAUGAUCGGGGGCACUCACAUCCUGCCCAGAGUGAUAGCAGACGUCCUGCGGCCUCCCUCUGAGCGCCUCAUUGGUUACUACGAAUGCGUUGUCCAGGCUUUCACCACGCAGUUCUACGGGGCCACGUCCCACACUCUGCUCAUGAUCAUGGCCUUUGACCGCUACGUGGCCAUCUGUGACCCUCUGCACUACGCAGCUGUAAUGAACAACAGGAUGGUGGUGAAGCUGACGCUGUUGGCCUGGGGCGUGGCCUUCGUUUUGGUGUCGGUUCUGCUCGGUUUGACCAUCCGGCUGAACCGCUGCAGGACUCUGAUCAUGAACCACUACUGUGACAACGCCUCUUUGUUCAAACUGUCCUGUGAGAGCGUUUUCAUCAACAACGUCUACGGCCUCACCUUCACCGUGGUCCUGCUCACCUCCUCCAUGGGCAGCAUCGUCCUCACCUACGCCAAGAUCGCCGCCGUCUGUCUGACAGCCAAGAACAAGUCUCUGAACAGUAAAGCUGUAAAGACCUGCAGCACUCAUCUGGUGGUGUACCUGGUCAUGCUCAUCAGCGGUUUUUUUGUUAUCAUCAUGCAUCGUUUCCCUCAUUACGCUGAGUACAGGAAGCUGGCGUCGGUUCUGUUUGUCAUCUUUCCAGGAUGCCUCAACCCCAUCAUCUACGGCGUUCAGUCCAAGGAGAUACGCAAAUUCUUAUUUGAUAUGUUCCGCUCUACAAAGUGCUCGCCAUCAUAUCAGAAAUAA